GUAGUGUCCGUCGUUUAUUAACCCAUUACUUUAAUACAAAUUAAAAUAAGUUAAUGUCAUUUUAAAAUAACAAAAUCACCAAACAUGUCCUGCGAUCCGAUUCAAUAUAGAGAUCGUCACAACGUAACCACAAUAGUACUAAUCACCAUUGAGGCUUUAAAAUAUUGUUAACCAUAAGGACCGGAUCUUAUAUACGUAGUCAUUUUUUAUCAAGGGAGAAAGCUCAAAAUUGACAUUAAAAUUUUCUCAAAAACUCAUAUUGGGCACUUAACUUUUAAAUGAAUCAAAUUAACACAAAUUAUACAUUUUUGCAUCAUAUUUGGACACUCCUUACGUUAACGGCCUUACCCCGUCAAUUAUCAGGUUAUUCCUCUUGACCCUAAACCUAAAUAAACGCCAGCUCCCAUCAUUCAUUGUCCGGCAGAAUGAUGGCAGCCGGCUUUUUUGAUGGAUGGCAGCUAGCUUUUUUUAUGGCAGCCGGCUUUUUUGAAAACUUAAAACCAGCACAUAUACCUCCUCCCUCUUCGUCCAAAACAUUGUUUUGACUCCGGCGUACCUGCAAGACUCAUCACUUAGCUCGGACGGCAAUGGGAAAUAACAAUGCAAACAGUGGCAGGGGAGGAAUUGGACUGUCCACAUUCUUUCUCGUUUGUGCAUUAAUUCCAUUUGGUCAGCCUAGAUUGGGGAGUUCAUCCUCUGUUGGCCGGAGCCUUGGUUGCUGCUCACGUCGAUUUCGCCGUCGGAUUCGCCGGAAUCGGCCAUCUGGAGCCUCGCCGCCGCCUCGCCGCCGUCUGCCGCCGCCGCCGAAGGUCCAGGAGGUGCUACCGCAGUUGGUCCAGGAGUUCCAGAGCCGUCCAGAAGUCUCCACCGGGUCCAGAUCUGCUGCCAUCGCCGGUCCAGGAUCUGCCGCCAGUCCAGUCUGCUGCCGCGCUGCUGCCGCCAGUUCAGUCCGCUGCCGCCAAGCUCUACAGCAGCCCACGCUGCCUACGGUAAGUCGGGUAACCCAACCUCGGGCCCCGCUCAGGUAAAUAUGUGAUAAACAUCCUUGGUGUACCGGAGUGCCACCGGAUUUUUUUUAUUCCCCCGAUCCCCCACUGCUGACCUGCGUGGUCUUGGAUGCCGGCUGUGCCCGGCCCCAGGUACGUUUACUAAUCCUUUGUGUGAUUAUUAUUCGUAGUUCAUUCAUUUUAAUUUCAAGUUUGA